GGCCCUUCCAUUUUCCUCGCCUCCAUCAGGCUCACAUUUUGGAAGUCAUUUCUUGCAGCAAUAAUCCCAUUGACGGUUUCAUCUGUGUCCGUUUUCGUAGGCAAUUCGUACCUUGGCGAGUCACAUCUCCUCCAACAGAAGAAGAUGGCGCCUCUCCCCCGGGUGGCCUGCUUCCACGGCGGCGGCUCCUCGGCCUCGAUCUUCGCGGCGCAAUGCGACGCGCUGCAGAAGCACCUCUCUUCCGCCUUCGAAUUCGUCUUCUUUGACGCUCCUUACGAGCGGGAUGCCGGACCGGGUGUCCUGCCCUUCUUCUCCUACGAGAAGUUCGGGCCGUACCGCACGUGGUUCUUCAAGAACGAGAGCGGAGCGGAGGUCCCUGAUGGGAGGAGGGAUGGUGGGGGAGGUGAGGGUGGUAUUGAGAGGGUGCUGAGGAUGAUCAGGGAGAAGGGGGACGGGGGUGAGUGGGUGGGCUGUAUGGGGUUUAGUCAGGGGACGAGGAUUGUGGGGGGGUUGCUGCUGCAUCAGCAGAAGAGGAGGGAGAUGGGGUUCCAGAGAGAGGAGGGGGAGGUGGAUUUUAAGUUUGGGGUACUGUGUAUGGGAUCUUUUGCGCCGAUGGUGUCGGAUUUGACGGGUCCGGUGAUGAGUCUGUCUGGUGGUCCAGACCUUAUCACCAUUCCGACAUUGCAUCUCCACGGGACAAAAGAUGUCAAUUACGCCAAUGGGAAGAAGCAAUUGGCUGCGUAUUAUGAUCGGAAAACGGCGAGGCUGUUGGAGAUCGACUAUCACCAUGCCAUGCCAUGGUUUAGAGCCGAUUUGAUGAAGUUUGUAGACGGCAUAGAGAGUAUCUAUGAGGAUUCUCAAGAUGAUUAAUGACUGGCGGGUAUAGCAUUGUGAAUUUUGGGUUAGAUAUCUGGAUCGGGAUGGAGUUCAUAGGCGGAAAAUCUCUGGUUCAGGUCAACCUAAAUACGUUUGACAGGAGGAGCAUAUGUCAAAUAUCAAGAAUAGUUUCCGCCUUUUUCUGCAAGGUCAACUUUGGAACCAUCUCGAAGAGAGAAGUCACGACUCGCAAAGAAAGAUUCCCUUCAACCUCGAUAAUCAGCUCUCUCUAAUACAUCCUUUUCCUCAAA